GUAUUUCUGGUCACGAACUCUUCUUAUAACUCAGAUUUAUAUUUUGUUUACUACUAUUAAAGCCUAAAAGUAUUAUCCUAAGUUAGGUUUUUUUUUUUCUGGUCAUCUUAUGUACAUCGAGUGCGAUACAUGGACCAGUUAUUGUCAAAAGAUAUGGAUGUCUCUGGAGGUCAAAGCCUGUAUCCUUUACACCGCUGCAAAACUAUACACCUGGUGAGGCAUGCUCAGGGGAUUCACAAUGUGGAAGGAGAAAUGAACCACAGUGCAUACCUAUCUCCGCACCUUUUUGAUGCACACCUUACUCCUCUUGGCUGGGAGCAGGUAGAUAAUCUUCGGAAACAUGUCCACGCAUCUGGACUUUCUAAGAAGGUGGAACUAGUUAUCACUUCUCCUUUAUUGAGGACUAUGCAAACUGCAGUUGGAGUAUUUGGUGGAGAAGGUUGCCCAGAUGGAAUAGACGUUCCCCUGCUCAUGGUGGCAGAUGCAGGAAACAGUAACCAUCCAGCAAUUUCAAGUCUAUAUUGCCCUCCCUUCAUUGCGGUGGAGGGUUGUCGUGAACACUUGGGAGUUCAUUGGUGUGAUAAGAGGAGAAGCAUUAGCGAAUACAAGCCUCUAUUUCCUGCAAUUGAUUUUUCCAUGAUUGAAUGUGAUGAUGAUGUU